UCGUCAUUUCCCAGAGAUAGAGGAAGGUUGAACUUUAAACUGUAUCGCUUUCGUAACACUAACAGUAACAUCUUAUAGAAGGUCUUUAGCAGUAGCAGAUGCUGCUCGCGUGACCUCCGUGCGACGCAGGAAAAUGGCCGACGGCGAGCUGUUAGUGAAGUCCGACUUCGGACAAGUCGUGUUUGACAUUAGCGACACUUACGUCGCGGGCGAACCGCUGGACUGCCAGUACAAGCUAACGGAGCUGAUUACGCCCGCGGGCGGAGACUGGGUCGGGCUGUUCCGCGUCGGCUGGACGAAUGCAAAGAGCUUCAUCGCCCGCCAGGGGGCACCAUGCAUCGGCGCUGACCAGUGCGAGACGGGCGAGAAGACCUGCAUUGUGAAAUUCGAAG